AUGUGCGGUAACUUCAACAACAAGAGACCAGACGACUUCCUGAUGCCAAAUGGACAGUUGGCCCAGAAUUCUAAUGAAUUAGGAAAUAGUUGGAUAGUCUAUGACAAAUCUGAUCCAACAUGUACAGAUGUACCCACUCCAACUCCACCCACCACGUGUCCUCCAGAGAAAAAGAACCUGUAUGAAAGUGAUACAUUCUGUGGUAUACUAACAAGUAAAGAUGGCCUGUUUAACAUAUGUCACUCUGUAGUCGAUCCUGACAGCUUCUUUGAAAGCUGUGUGUUUGAUUUCUGUGCUUUAGAUGGAGGCAAAGAUGUUUUGUGUAGUGCCUUACAAGCAUAUGCUGAUGCCUGUCAAAAACAAGGAGUCACCAUUCCAAACUGGAGAAACAUAACAUCAUGUGAGAAAUGCAGCUCUCCUUGUGUGGAAGGGUGUGAAUGUAAUAAUGGUUAUAUCCUCAGUGGAGGAAUUUGCGUAUCUGAAGCACAAUGUGGAUGUUGGUACAAUGGCCAAUAUUACAAUAGAGACGAAGAGUUCAUUGAAGGAAACUGUGAGAGAAGAUGUCAGUGUCAAGAAAACAAUAUUGUUUCUUGUCUACCAAUGUCUUGUCCAGAAGAUGAAAUCUGCAAGGUACAAGAUGGUUUUCUGGGCUGCUACAAACCAAGCACAGCAAUCUGCCAUAUUUAUGGAGACCCCCAUUACUCUACAUUUGAUGGCACACUUCAUCACUUCCAAGGAUCGUGUAACUACACUGUGUCGGAGACCUGUGCCAAUACAUCGCACAGCUUUAGUGUCACUACACGCAACGAACACAGAGGUAACCCAAGCUGGACGGCCAUUAGUUCUGUUGCCCUGAUUGUCGACGAUGUACACAUUCUGAUACAGAAGAACAAUAUUGUGCAUGUUAACAAUGCUUUAGUUACUCUUCCUACGAAUGUGUCUGGCAUAAGUAUCAUAAAAAGUGGGCAGUAUGUAGUAGUGAAUACCAACUUUGGACUCCAAAUUAAAUUUAAUGGAGAUCAUGAGUUAUUUGUUAUAGUGGAUGAAAGAUACAAAGAUUUAUUAUGUGGUUUAUGUGGCACCUACAAUGACAACCGCCUUGAUGACUUCACAACACCUGAUGGCAGCAUUGCAACUGAUGUCAAUGACUUUGGAAAUAGCUGGCGAGUACCAGAUGAUGGUUGGCCGUGA